AUGGAGGAUGAUUCGGAUAUAGUUCCCGGUGGAGGCAGCAGUAGACCUGCAUCCUCCCCUAUCGUACUUGCUGGAAUGUGUAUUAGUGGUCUUUGCCGGCCAGGUCGUCUUCGCGGUCGUCUGGCCAUUGCACUUCUUAUAAGUAUGUUGCUGGCUACUGCAUACAUGGUGAGAGGUAAUACGGACCACAUUAAAAACUAUGUUUCGUCGUCCCUUUCCUCGGGCAACUCAAAAUCGAAACCAGAGGAAUCAAAAUGGGGAAUCGGCGGUAACAACAGCUCCUCGAACGGCUCUAUCGACGGAAACAAAUUUGUUCUCAUAAUCCCAGUGCGACGCCCCAGCGUCGCCCUCUGCAAGACUCUAGUAUCUGCAGCCAUAUUGAACUACCCUCCGCCUACUCUCAUUGGCUAUGGCAAUGAUAAUGGAAACGAAGCAGAUGGCGGGGCCACUACGAACACACUGAAUUUCUUAUUGAGCAGACAAAUACAGGACGGCGACCUGGCGUUGGUUGUGGAUGAGAGGACAUGGUUUCAAUUGCCUGGACAAGUCAUGGUUGAUCGCUUCGACUCGCAUCUGCAAAGGUCGAAUGCUCAGCUGCUUGCAAAGUAUGGUGCAGGGAAGUUCAAGGAGAGAAUUUUAUUUGGGGCUGAGAAAUCAUGCAUUGAUCAUAAGUCGGAAGACACAGCAUGCUAUGCCUCGCCGUUAUCGCCAAUACCGAAAGACGUAUACGGACCCAGCACGGACGUACCACCCGCUUCAAACUACCGGCCACGAUAUUUAUAUUCGCCAAACAUGAUGGGGCGAGCUGGAGAUUUGAGAGAUAUGUUGCAGUACGCGCAACUGAAACUAGACACCAGAACCUCGAAAGAAAGCACGCAAUACCUCUAUUCCGAGAUAUUUGGAGACCAAGAAUUAAAACGAGAAAAGGUCCGAAGGGAUUCCCUCGGCCCUAUAUCCGCUUUCAAAGAGUGGCUCAUACGCAACAAUCCCAAAAAUGACCCUCAAACGCUUCUCGGUAUCGAGAAGCUCGACCUGACGAACACCGGGUCUGCGAACAAUAAUAACCCCGACUUCGGCAUUGGCCUAGACUAUUCGAGCUCGAUAUUCCAGGUUCUCGAUAAUAGUGUCGAUGACAUACAAUUUGUCACAUUCAACCACCCCACCAUAGUCAACUCCCCGUCGCGAAUCUCCGCCUCCAAGUUCAGCCAGCCAAUCUACCUACCACAAGACUUGAACUCGACUGCCCCGCCCUUCAAACUCCACAGCACACCAGUUCAAGGCCCAGUAUCCGAUCUCCCACUUCUAGAGGUCGACAAGCUGCCCGUCAAUAAACCAUGGGCGGAUGUGGCGCUGGCGACGAAUAUCAUUGUCCCCGGAACGGAAAUCCCAAGUAGUAUGAGCCUCUUCGGGGCAGGAACCCCGGGGCUGGAGGAUAAGUGGUGGAAGAAGAUGUGGUACCAGCCCAAGGCGAGAGCGUUGAUGAGACGGUAUAUGCGGAGCUAUACUGGGCAUAUUGCUGCGGAGGCGGCGGCGAGGGGAGGUGAGUAUUGGUGGGAUUUCAGGGGAGGGAAGGGAGGGAUAUGGACUGAUAAAGGCGAGUUCCUGGAGUGGCAGGAGGUUUGUGGGCAAUAUGAUGAGGCUGUUUUUGGGGAUAAGAUGGGGAAACUGGGGGAGGAAGAUAAGGUGGCCCAGCCGGUAUACAAUAAGUUUGGGAAGAUUAUUGCGGAUAAAUCUCCGCAGUAG